UUAAGUUCUUAUUUUGACAACGUUUUUGUUUAGUUAUUAAAAAAUGAAUGUUGACGAUAAAUUGAUUGAACAUAUAGUGGAAGAUCAAAGUUCAAAUGAUAGAAAAAAACUCUUAGCCGAAGCUCGUAAAAGAUUUCUUCAUCUUCUCUUAGCCAGUCAAGGAAAAAAUAUAUCUUUUUCUCUUUAUGAGAACACAAAAGUUUCUGGAAUAUUUGAAGGAGUUGAUGUUGGCUUUGAAAAUAUAGCCGUCAGUAAACUUAAAACUCCUAUCGCUAUUUAUGAGUCGGCUCUUAUUCGAGUUUCUGAUGUAAUAUCGUUUCAAAUUGAUUUUUAAAAGUCUAUAAUAAUAAUGAUGAAAAAUUAAAUAAUAUAUUUAACAUAUAAUUAGUUAAUAUUUAUCUUAAAUUGCUAAAGACUUCAUACUUUUAUAACUUUGUGAUACUAUUACCAAAUUUUUGAUAAAAGAAUUUAAAGAUUAUUU